GUAACAUUUUGAGGUUAUGUGUUUGUUGUGCAACUGGAAACCCUCGUGUCGUGUCAGUGUUUUUGUCAGUCCAAUGCGUUUUUCUAUCUAAAUCAUGCCUAAAGCUCAAGUUUUGAUAGUGGAUACAAACGCUUUUAUCCAAAGUUCUAAUCUUCAGGAUAUUGGUGAGAAAAUUGUGACAUGUACAGAUGUCCUAGAGGAAGUGAAGAACAAACGUCAACUGCGGCGUCUUGCUGUCGUUCCUUAUGAUAUUCAGGUGCUGGAACCAUUUCCAGAAAACAUCAAGUUUGUAACUGAGUUCUCAAAGAAAACAGGGGACUAUAGGAGCUUAUCAGCCACUGAUAUAAAAAUAAUUGCCCUAACUUACCAGUUGGAGAAGGAAAAAGUGGGCUCAGAUCAUUUAGCUACAGAACCAAAACAACAAAAAGAAAUCUGUGCCACAAAGAAGUCAGUCAUAAAUUUAACAUCCAUUCCUGGUUUCUACUACCCCAAAAGUAAAAACGCAGAUGAAGAUAGUGGUAGUAACAGUGAUGUGGAAGCUGAAAAUGAAGUUUGUGAAAAACUUGCUGAUCUGAAGUGCAAUGAAGAAGAAAGCAAAAUUGAUCAAGUUCAAGGAGAAACCUCAGAUGAGAACAAAGCAAGUGAUGAUAAUGAGCCGACCGAAGAGUUUCAAGAUGCCGUGGAUUCUAAUUUUGUUGUUAAUAUGAGUGAAGAAGGAUGUGAAGGAAGUGAUAAUAACUCUGUUGAUGAUGAUGAUGACUUUGAGGACGAUGAUAGUUCUAAUGAAGAUUAUGAAGUUGAUGACGAAGGUUGGAUCACUCCGGAGAAUAUCAUCGAAAUGAAAAGGAAAAUGGGCGGAGAGUUGAUAGAAGAUAAGCCUGUAGUCGUUGGAUGUUUAACCAUGGAUUUUGCCAUGCAAAAUGUAUUGAAACAAAUUGGUUUGAAUCUUGUAACUAUUGACGGCUAUGUCAUCAAGCAACUUCGCACAUUCAUAUUUAGGUGCUACUCAUGCUUCAAGACAACUAGUAUUAUGACGAAGAUAUUUUGUCCUAAUUGCGGUAAUAAAACAUUGAAGAAAGUAGCUGUUUCAUUAGAUGAAAAUGGUAAACAAGUCAUCCACAUUAACUUCCGCAGAAGACUUACAGGGAAGGGAAAGAAGCACUCUAUACCUACACCAAAAGGUGGAAAACAUGUGGUUCGACCUAUCACUGUUGCUGAUCAGCCCAUGCCAAAGCAACAUGCCUCCAAACUUUCCAAAACGAAAAAUAAUCCUCUAGAUCCAGAUUACAUCGCAGGUUAUUCACCUUUUGUAAUGAGGGAUGUGAACUCUAAAUCUGCAAUGCUUGGAAUUUACUCCAAUAGAUUCAUCAAUGAUCCGAGGUACAUGAAGCAAGUUAGCAAAGUCUCCGAGUCAUCAAAACGAAGGAGAAGAAGGAAGUAAUCAUCAAAUUCCAAUCAGGGAAAAUGAAACUUUUUAUUUUGGAAGAGAUUGUAUUUUGUUGUGCAGGUGUUUUAGUUUUUACGUUACAUUUUUUUCAUAAAUAUAAGAAUAAAAAAAUCGGCUAAUAUUA